CACGAGAGAGGCAAGACUACAGUUUAGAUCCUCAUAAAGUGUUCGAAAAUUCCAAGUUGUUCCAGUUGCUGUUUUGGAGCUGUUUUUGGAGCUGUAUAGCGGCACGUGAUCAGUCGCGUAUUCGAAAGACGCGAACCCUCAACCACUCUACUCUAAAGUGCCUACACCGCUUUCCCUUAUACACACAAACCACUAUACAGCAGCGAGCCACCACCCCUUCACCCUCCCACCUCCACCACCACCACCACACAUAUACGCGCAUCCCAUCUAAUAUACGCGUGCACCACACAACAUGAAUUCGUCACUACCAUUGAUCACGCCCAGAGACUCGCACACACUCUGGUACACGCCGUCGUCGAACCACAUCUACUACCCGCCACCGCCCGCCUACACGCAGUACUCCGGCGGGACCUCCGGCUCACCUCACAACAACGCCUCACAGUCCGGCGGGUCCGGCCAGAACCAGCGGGGCGCACCACGGAGCACGCGGCUCUCGGUCCUGGAGCAGCUCGAAGCCGACGAGCAGAAUGUCGCGAUGCGGAAGCUGGGCAUCCAGCGCUUCGGCGCGACGUGGAUAAAGCCGCCGGGAAUGUUGAAGACGCUGCAGGGAGAGCUGGAUGAGAAGGCCGAGCGGGAGGAGGCGGAGGCCCAGGAGCUGCUGGAACAGGACGUCGAGAUCCCUUCUGCCUUCGAUGAGGACCCAGAUGUCAUGCAUGAGAUCACGGAUCUGGAUGCGAAUGUCCCUGAGGGAAGCAUUUCGGAUCUGGAGGGCGCGGUGCCGGGCGAUAGUGAGGAUGAUUCGUUCAUGGGCGUGGUUGUGGGCGGUGAACAGGACGGGGAGGAGGAGGAAGAGGAGGGGGAUGGUGGUGAGGUGGAUCUGGAUGAUGAUGUCCCUGAGGCCGAGGGGGGUUCGUAUUCUGAUGAGGAUGAGGACGAAGAGGAGGAGGAGGAGGAGGAUGAUGAGGAGGAGGAUGGCGAUGAGGAUGAGGAGGAGGAGGAGGAGGGCGCGCACGUGUCUACUGCCCAUGAAGCACCCUCGGGCUCAUCCCGUCCUGGCUCGGAGGAAGUCGGCGCACCCGACGAGAGCCCGCUCCAGGCUGCAUUCUCGCACGACGAAUGCUAUCCCGACGAGAGGCGACAGCGCGCGAGACAGGACUACAACUGGAGGGGAAACUCUCGGUAUAGACGCGAGACUACCGACAGUAUGGAGGUGGACAGCGAAUAAGCAAAAAAAAAAAGAGGUGGAGCUUUUGUUGUUGGUUCUCGGGAGCAGAUUACCUGUAACCUACUCGGCGUUUGUGCCUAUUUUCUUCACUUCGCUUCUAGUUACCCAAUAAUUACUUGGUUGUGGCGUUUCAAUGAUAAAGCUCCGAUCCGGUUCGGCUCGGUUCGGUGUUUUGUACCUAUUUUGAAGAUCGUGGAAUUGACAUUGCAC